AUGAGCACCGAUACUCACGAGCACAACGGCACGGCCGAGACUCACCAUGACGAGAAGGUAGCACGUACCGAACAUCACGAGUUUGCAGGCUACGAAGACCCUCACAAAGCUGCUCUAGAAGACAAUCCCGAACAUGCUGACAAGCUCACCUGGACUGUGGCUCUCUCCGCCUUGUUCUUAGGUACUUCAUUUCCAGGACCUAUCAUUUAUGGAUUCGUGUUAGCUUCUUCAAUCUUGGUGCAGCUAUCCCAGGAGCUUGGCGGUGCGAACAUAGACUUCUGGAUACCUUCUGGCUGGGGUGCCGCAGCAGCGGUAGGCUUCUCCAUCGCUGGACGACUUUCCGACAUCUUUGGGCGACGUUAUGUGAUCCUCACCGGACAAUGUAUGACGAUCAUCGGAGGUGUCAUCGCUUGCACGGCGAAGGAUAUGCAUCAGCUUAUUGCUGGUGAGGUCGUUCUUGGUGCAGCCAUUGGCACUGUUUCAGUAGCAUAUGCAGGUAUCUCGGAAAUCCUGCCGAACAAGUAUCGUGGCAUAGGUCUGGCAUGGACGGAGCUCAAUCUAGCAGUAGUAGCAGUACCGAGCACAUUGCUGGCCACGGUCAUGAUCUCGGACGCUACCUGGAAAGUUAUGUUCUAUGUCGCCAUUGGAUAUGCUGGCUUCUCACUCAUUGGCACGUUCUUCGUCUACUUCCCACCGAGCCAUCCUCGCCCCGAUGGAAAGACAAAAUGGCAAGAAUUCAAAGAACUAGAUUUCAUCGGAGCAUUCCUCUUUGCUUCAGGUCUGGUUGUUUUCCUCUACGGCCUCAAUUCGGGUGGUAGCACUUACCCAUGGAAGAGCGGUGGCGCAUUGGCACCACUUCUGCUAGGCCUCGCCGCAUUCUUAGGGGCAUUCGUGUACGAUUUCAAUGUGGCAGGCGACCCUCUCUUUCCAUGGUACCUCUUCAGGAACUUUCGGGAGUUUUCAGGUCUUCCUGUUCUGGUCUUCGUGGCUGGCAUGGUGUUCUUUGCUGCUUCAGCUUUGAACGCGCAGACCAUUCUGUACCUUCACACGGCAGACCCGAUCAAGAUUGGACUGUACUCAAUUCCUUCUGGAUCUUCACAGCUAAUUGGCGGUGUCUUUGUGCCUGCAAUGGUGUCGUGGAUCAAGCAUGUCAAUUACCAGCUGAUCUUCGCCGUGGCGAUGCAGACCAUCUUCUUCGGUCUGGCAGCUCUGAUCACUCCUACCAACCUUGCGUGGCUUAUGGUCUGUCAAUUUCUGGCUAUGUUCCCAUUCGGCUGGAUCACCCUGAACUGCUACACAACGGCUUCGCUUAAUGUACCACAAAAGGAUCUUGGGGUAGCCAUAGGUUUGAUUGGCACCUUCAGAUCUGUGGGCGGCUCGAUCGGAAGCGUCAUAUUCUCAUCCAUCUUCACACAGGUCGCUGCCAGGCGUGUAGCAGCCGGCAUAGCAAAGAAGACACUCGAAGCUGGCCUGUCACCCGAAGCCAUUCCGGAGAUCUUGGAGGCCGUCGAAAUGACGCUUGUAGGCGUGCCGGGCGCUGCCGCGAAACUGACGAAUGUGCCGAUGGCUGUGUUCGAAUCUUGUUUGGAGGCGGCGCGAUAUGGGUAUGCUUACGGCUUCCGCAUUACGUGGCUCGCCUCCAUACCGUUCGGGAUCAUCGCGCUGCUCUGUGCCAUGGCUGUCAAGGACUGCUCGCGUUUCUUUACAAACCAUACUGAGAUUCAUUUGAACGAGAAGAUUGGCGGAAAGUACGAAAGUGGAGUACAUCCUGCAAAGAGCGAGACGGCUGUUUGA